AUGGCUUCUGCUACACUCUCACUCCAUUACCCUCUUCUUCUUCGUUCUCCUCUGUCUACCAAAAUUAUGAAACCACCCCUCUCUCUUCCCCUCUCACCCCUUCUCGUUCACCCUCUCCACUCGCGCUUUCUCCUCCCUCCGCCACGCGCCUACGUAACUGCGCCCGCAUCCGACCCGAAUUUCGGCGACCCGGAUCCGAAACUUAUCGGGUUGGGUUCGGAGAACGCGAAGCCGCGAAACGUUAUCUCUUGGAGCCUCCUCUUCACGCUUCUCAUGAAGCACAAACUGCGUCUGGCUCUCGUGGUCACAACACUCUUCGCCUGCUCCACAUGUACCCUAUCCAUGCCUAUCUUUUCCGGACGGUUUUUUGAAGUUCUAAUUGGCGCUAGACCUGAGCCGUUGUGGAAGCUGCUUAGUAAAAUUGUUGUUCUGUAUGCUUUGGAGCCACUUUUAACUAUAAUUUUUGUUAUAAACAUGAACAUAGUGUGGGAGAAAAUUAUGUCAACACUAAGAGCUCAGAUCUUCGGAAGAAUAUUAAUACAAAAGAUUGAAUUUUUUGACAAAUACAAGGUUGGUGAACUCACAGGUUUGUUAACAUCUGAUUUGGAUUCUCUUAAAAAUAUUGUCAGUGAGAAUGUCUCAAGGGAUCGCGGAUUCAGGGCAUUAUCUGAGGCAAGCAACUUUACACCAAUGAGUGAAAUUUUUGCCACAAAUUCUGUUUGGGUCGUUGGAACAAUAUUCAUUCUUUUUUCCUUAUCACCGCAACUGGCACCCAUUUUAGGUGUUUUGAUGCUCGCAGUUUCCAUUUCAAUUGCUGUCUACAAGAGAUCUACAUUGCCAGUUUUUAAAGCACAUGGGAAGGCCCAAGCAUCUAUAUCUGAUUGUGUAUCAGAAACAUUUUCAGCUAUUCGAACAGUCAGAUCCUUUGGUGGUGAAAAGCGCCAAAUGUUUUCUUUUGCUAAUCAGGUUCUAUCUUUCCAAUCCAGUGGGAUAAAGCUUGGGACUUUCAAAUCUGUAAAUGAAUCCUUGACUAGAGUUGCUGUUUAUAUUUCUUUAAUAGCAUUGUAUUGUCUUGGAGGAAGCAAGGUUAAGGCGGGUGAGCUGUCUGUUGGAACCAUGGCAUCUUUUAUUGGAUAUACUUUCACUUUAACAUUCGCUGUUCAAGGACUGGUUAAUACUUUUGGAGACCUUCGUGGAAGUUUUGCUGCUGUUGAGAGGAUCAACUCUGUUUUAUCUGGAGUUCAAGUGGAUGAUGCCCUGGCUUAUGGCUUAGAAAGAGAACUGAGACAAAAAAUAGUUGAUGAUGAAAACUAUAAAUUGGUCUUAUCUAAUAUUUCUAAUGAGAAUAUCCAAAAAAAUUAUUUUCACUACAUGUCAGCUCUUAAAACAUCAAGCAAUUUGUUUAGCUUAGCUUGGUCCGGAGAUAUUUGUCUUGAAGAUGUAUAUUUCUCUUAUCCAUUAAGGCCAGAUGUCGAAAUCUUACGUGGCUUAAAUUUAAGACUAAAAUGUGGAACUGUAACUGCACUGGUGGGUUCUAGUGGUGCAGGCAAAAGUACUGUAGUCCAGCUAUUGUCUCGUUUUUAUGAGCCAACAAGUGGUUGUAUAACAGUUGCUGGAGAGGAUGUCCGAACAUUUGACAAGAGUGAAUGGGCCCGGGUUGUCUCUAUGGUAAAUCAAGAGCCUGUUCUGUUUUCGGUGUCUGUUGGAGAAAACAUUGCAUAUGGGCUUCCAGAUGAAGAUGUUUCUAGAGAAGAUGUGAUUAAGGCAGCAAAAGCUGCAAAUGCUCAUGACUUUAUAAUUUCACUUCCACAGGGCUACGAUACACUCGUUGGUGAACGUGGAGGCUUAUUGAGUGGAGGACAGAGACAGAGAAUUGCUAUUGCUCGAGCUCUCCUAAAGAAUGCUCCCAUCCUUAUACUUGAUGAGGCUACCAGUGCCCUGGAUGCUGUCAGUGAGCGCUUGGUCCAGGAUGCUCUGAACCAUUUGAUGAAGGGAAGGACCACAUUAGUAAUAGCUCACCGAUUAAGCACAGUGCAAAAUGCAUAUCAAAUUGCAGUCUGUUCCGAGGGGAGGAUUGUAGAAUUAGGAACCCAUUUUGAGCUAUUGGCUAAGAAAGGCCAGUAUGCUUCACUGGUUGGCACACAAAGGCUUGCCUUUGAAUAA